CCUUCCAGCGGGGCCGAUUAUUGAAUAAUAAAAUACAUUUAAAAAAAAUGGAUGAAGAACCUGAAAGAACUAAGCAAUGGGAAGGAGGCAAUGAAAGAACAUGGGAGAUUCUUAAAGAAGAUGAAUCUGGAUCACUUAAAGCUACAAUAGAAGACAUUCUAUUUAAGGCAAAGAGAAAAAGAGUAUUUGAGUACCAUGGACAAGUUCGACUUGGAAUGAUGAGUCACCUUUAUGUGGUAGUAGAUGGAUCAAGAACAAUGGAAGACCAAGAUUUAAAGCCUAAUAGACUGACAUGUACUUUAAAGAUUGGAAUAAUUGUAACUAAGAGUAAAAGAGCUGAAAAACUGACUGAACUCUCAGGAAACCCAAGAAAACAUAUAACAUCUUUGAAGAAAGCUGUGGAUAUAACCUGCCAUGGAGAGCCAUCUCUUUAUAAUUCCUUAAGCAUGGCUAUGCAAACUCUAAAACAUAUGCCCGGACAUACAAUUCGAGAAGUACUAAUCAUCUUCAGCAGCCUUACAACUUGUGAUCCAUCUAAUAUUUAUGAUCUAAUCAAGACCCUAAAGGCAGCUAAAAUUAGAGUAUCUGUUAUUGGAUUGUCUGCAGAGGUUCGAGUUUGCACUGUACUUGCUCGUGAAACUGGUGGCACAUACCAUGUUAUUUUAGAUGAAAGCCAUUACAAAGAAUUACCCACACAUCAUGUUAGUCCUCCUCCUGCUAGCUCAAGUUCUGAAUGCUCACUUAUUCGUGUGGGAUUUCCUCAGCACACCAUUGCUUCUUUAUCUGACCAGGAUGCAAAACCCUCUUUCAGCAUGGCGCAUUUGGAUGGCAAUACUGAGCCAGGGCUUACAUUAGGAGGCUAUUUCUGCCCACAGUGUCGAGCAAAGUACUGUGAGCUACCUGUUGAAUGUAAAAUCUGUGGUCUUACUUUGGUGUCUGUCCCCCACUUGGCACGGUCUUACCAUCAUUUGUUUCCUUUGGAUGCUUUUCAAGAAAUUCCCCUAGAAAAAUAUAAUGGAGAAAGAUUUUGUUAUGGAUGUCAGGGGGAAUUGAAAGACCAACAUAUUUAUGUUUGUGCUGUGUGCCAAAAUGUCUUCUGUGUGGACUGUGAUGUUUUUGUUCAUGAUUCUCUACACUGUUGCCCUGGCUGUAUUCAUAAGAUUCCAGCUCCUUCAGGUGUUUGAUUCCAGCAUGUAUACAUUGUGUUAAAAAGAAAUUUGCAACUGUGAAUAAAAUGACUUCUUUAGAAGAAGCUUCGUUUAAAACAUGGAAAAAAAAAAAAAAAAAUA